AUGGAUGGACACUUCUCCCUCUCUGUCACAGAUGCCAUGGUUGCCCUUAGUUUGAAGAUGUAAUCCGGACACAGGUGUUUUAUACAACAGCCUUCUGUGUGUUCUCUUUUUGACUCCGUCUGCAUCUUUUUAAAAAGCUGCAUUAGAAAGGAUUACCUACACAUACUGACCAGCUCAUAUUAUAGACAGAAGCGUGCUACGUGGCAGACCAAUCCAAACUCAUCUCUCGGCAUGUCCAGCCCACUCAUUAUUUCAGCCAAUCAUGGCUAGCAGGAAGGUUGCUGUCUUUUUCCGUGGCUAAACCAACUAGGCUCGUAAUUUAACAAUUUUAUUCAUAUUUACAGAUGGCAUACAAGUUCGUUAUUGAGGCACAUGAAAAUUCACGUUCCAGAAGGCAUUUCUGCCCAAAAACGCAUAAAAAAUAAAAUCAAAAUAAAGUUUACGUUCAAAUGGCGCUCCUGUAAAGGAGUGACGCGCGACAUACACCUAGUUUCCUGAAACCAGUCACAUUUGCAGAAAAUACCUCAUCCCUAAUUUUGACCUCUAUCUUUCUCAGAUUAUUUUAUUACUUGUUAAACAAAAUCUAUUUCUCUGAGCAAUUGUAUUAGUAUAUGUAGUUUGAGCAUACAAUAUGGCUCAGUAUUUGUAUUAUUUAUUUUAUACAGUCUUUUUUGCUCAUCUUUAUCAAGGGAUCCAGUAAUUCCGGAUCCCACUGCACACACACACACACACACACACACACACACACACACACACACACACACACACACACACACACACACACACACACACAUGGAUGGAUGCAUGUGCUCAUACUGCAGAGAGAGAGAGAGCCAGGAGAGAGUGUGUUUUGCUUAGAGAAAAAAUAGGUCACAGCUCUCAGCACAAUGUUUUUCUCUACAUCUCUCAACCUUCUCUCUCUUCUUUUCCCUCUAUCUCCCACUCUUUUCUCUCUACACCCCCUCUCUCUCUAUCUCUCUGUCUCACACAGUUUUCAUUGCCCUUAUCCAUUGGAUGGAAUAUGUAUUGGAUAUAUGCAUUUGUUAAGUGUGUGAGCAUGUGUGUGUGUUUGUGUGUGUGUUUUUGUGUGUGUGUGUGUAAAUGUGUUCCAGGUCAGUGCUUCUGUAAUUAAACUAUGACCACCAAGAGCAGUUGUACACUCACCCUCGUACACACACACACACACACACACACACACAAACACACACACACACACACAAAACAAUGACGUCAACAGUGACAUGAGCGAGACAUACACAACUAACCUCUCCUCCCCCUCUGUCUCUUUAGCUGUGUGGUGGAUGAGAUGGACUUCUCUGGGAUGGAGCUGGAUGAGGCGCUGAGGAAGUUCCAGUCUCACAUAAGAGUCCAGGGAGAGGCCCAGAAGGUGGAGAGACUCAUUGAAGCUUUCAGGUCAGACCCACCAACCAAUCACAUCACACCCUUAAACUGAUCAGCCGAUCAGGGUUACUCCAGGGUUAGGCACUCUGGUUCUGGAGUGCCAUGAACAGGGCGGCAGGUAGCUUAGUGGUUAAGAGCGUUGUGCCAGUAACCGAAAGGUUGCUGGUUCUAAUCCCCAAGCCGACUAGGUGAAAAAUCUGUCGAUGUGCCCUUGAGCAAGGCACUUAACCCUAAUUGCUCAUGUAAGUCGCUCUGGAUAAGAGCGUCAGCUAAAUGACAAAAAAAACAGCAGGUUCCAACCUAGCACCACAUUUGACCUAACUACUAAUAACCUCAGCAGCUAAAAUAAUAUAUUAGAGAUUAGCUCAAUUCCACCUACCGAGUGGUCUCCCAGGUCUAAAACAAGAAGUGUCCUGCAUCCAGGACCAGUGUCUUGACCUGUAGGGACAAAGUCCUACCCCUCUGGGAGUGGGUAGUAGGGUAGACAUGCUGUUACAGGUCUGGUAGAUAACAGAUAUUAUCUGUCAUAAGGGUGACAUAAGAAGUCAUUUUAAAGGAGGUAUUCCUUUACGGAAAAACCACAUGAAUUCCGCAUGUGAACACGUGAUAUUGUGGGAUCUCAUGUGAUCACAUGUGAUUUAAUGUGAAGUUAAUGUGAUAACAUGUGACAACCAUGUGAAGUAACAUAAAUACAAAUAAUAAUAACAUAAAACUGCACGUGACAACAUGUGAGCACGUAAUAAAUGUGACAACGUAGGGAUGUGUCAUGGCCCCUUAGAGGUUUUUGUGUAGUUGCAGUGAAAAUACAGUAAAUCUACAAGUUACUGUAUUUUUACAGCUAAAUUCAGGUGUUAUUAAUAGACAGUAUGCUGAUUACUUGGAACUCAACCUCAUUUGGGAUUUGAACUCACAACCUCUUGGUUGCUAGCUUCCUGAAGUUCCUGCUGAGCCACCAGGUCUAUGGACAUAUUGGAGAUUGGCUAUAUAUUUAUUGCCGAGAUAACAUUUCUGCACUAAAAAUAAAGUAAAGUUACAGUAAAAAUAAAGUAAAUAUAUACAACAACUUCAAGGUUUUAAUUCUAGAAAAUGACAGUAUGCUACUGUAUAUAGAUUUAAAUUACUGUAACAUCUUGUACUGUGAACACAAUUGGGCCUUAAAUGGGAUUUGAACUAAUAACUGCUUGGUUACUAGCAAUCUGAAAUAGCUUGCUACAGUGCAGCUACACCACCAGAUCUGUGAGCGUGAAAGAGAUAUGGCCACAGACUUAUUGGCAAGAAUGCAUUUCUGCACUUUGCCUUGCAAAAGCAUUCAUCCCCCUUGGCGUUUUUCCUAUUUUGUUGCAUUUCAACCUGUAAUUUAAAUAGAUUUUUAUUUGGAUUUCAUGUAAUGGACAUACACAAAAUAGUCCAAAUUGAUGCAUCUUCAAAGUGGUAGGCAUGUUGUGUAAAUCAAAUGAUACAAACCCCCCAAAAAUCUAUUUUAAUUCCAGGUUGUAAGGCAACAAAAUAGGAAAAAUGCCAAGGGGGGUGAAUACUUUCGCAAGCCACUGUAGGUCUUAAUGUCAAGUGUCCCAGAGAGCUGCUACAUUUUCGUCAAUGUUGUUAGAUAAUCACACGUUUUAUUGACUUGUGGCUGUUAAUUUUUAUCACCAAGAUAUCAGUCAAUUGUCAGCUCAAUCUAUCUCUAGUAAAACCAUAAACCCAGAUUAGCUGCAGGGUGCUGGAGUGGAGACCAUAAAACACAGCAUUAGUAGGACAGAAAUGUCUUACUGUUUGUUAAGUAAAUAAUUGUUAAAUAUCCAACAAAUCAGGUAAAUAUGUAAUGUUCUGUCACAGUAGCCACCCUUUGCCUUGAUGACAGCUUUGCACACUCUUGGCAUUCUCUCAACCAGCUUCAUGUGGUAGUCACCUGGAAUGCAUUUCAAUUAACAGGUGUGCCUUUUUAAAAGUUAAUUUGUGUUUGAGCCAAUCAGUUGUGUUGUGACAAGGUAGGGGUGGUAUACAGAAGAUAGCCCUAUUUCGUAAAAGACCAAGUCCAUAAUAGAACAGGUCAAAUAAGCAAAGAGAAACGACAGUCCAUCAUUACUUUAAGACAUGAAGGUCAGUCCGGAAAAUUUCAACAACUUUGAAAGCAUCUUCAAGUGCAGUCGCAAAAACCAUCAAGCGCUAUGAUGAAACUGGCUCUCAUGAGGACCGCCACAGAAAAGGAAGACCCAGAGUUACCUCUGUUGCAGAGGAUAAGUUCAUUAGAGUUAACUGCACCUCAGAUUGCAGCCCAAAUAAAUGCUUCACAGAGUUCAAGUAACAGACACAUCUCAACAUCAACUGUUCAGAGGAGACUGCGUGAAUCAGGCCUUCAUGGUCAAAUUGCUGCAAAGAAACCACUACGAAAGGACACCAAUAAGAAGAAGGGACUUGCUUGGGCCAAGAAACGCGCGCAAUGGACAUUAGACCGGUGGAAAUCUGUCCUUUGGUCUGAUGGUUCCAACCGCCGUGACUUUGUGAGACGCAGAGUAGGUGAAUGGAUGAUCUCCGCAUGUGUGGUUCCCACCAUGAAUCAUGGAGGAGGAGGUGUGAUAGUGUGGGGGUGCUUUGCUGGUGACACUGUCAGUGAUGGAUUUAGAAUUCAAGGCACACUUAACCAGCAUGGCUACCACAGCAUUAUGCAGCGAUACGCCAUCCCAUCUGGUUUGCGCUUAGAGGGACUAGCAUUUGUUUUUCAACAGGACAAUGACCCAACACACCUCCAGGCUGUGUAAGGGCUAUUUGACCAAGAAGGAGAGUGAUAGAGUGCUGCAUCAGAUGACCUGGCCUUCACAAUCCCCCGACCUCAACCCAAUUGAGAUGGUUUGGGAUGAGUUGGAACGCAGAGUGAAGGAAAAGCAGCCAACAAGUGCUCAGCAUGUGUGGGAACUCCUUCAAGACUGUUGGAAAGCAUUCCUCAUGAAGCUGGUUGAGAGAAUGGCAAGGGUGUGCAAAGCUGUCAUCAAGGCAAAGGGUGGCUACUUUAAAGAAUCUCAAAUAUAAAAUAUUUUAAAUGUUCCAAAAACACAUUGUGAAAUGUGAAACUUCAUGUGAAAUAUCACAUGUGAAGGGUUCCCAAAACACAUGGUUUCACAUGAUUUCACAUGUGAAAAUCUAAAUCAUCACAUGUGAAGUGUUCCAAAAGCAAUUAGUUUUACAUGAUUUCACAUGUGCAAAACGUGAUUUUUUCCAUAAGUGUUAUUCCGUACCAGCUGCUGAGCUUCUCUCAUACUGUAUGCAGAUUUGAAGAUAAGAGACCUAGCUGGUGUAGAAAAACUCUGUUAUGUAAUCUCACUCACACACACACACACACACAAACACCUCCUUCCUUUGGGAUCCCUCGUAGUCGAGUAUGAUUUUCCUCCAGGUGUCAUGGGUCCGGGUUGUGUACAUCCACAUGUGAAACUUCAUGUGAAAUUUCCAUUGUUCUCUGCAGAUCCUCUCAAGCUCUGUCAGGUUGGAUGGGGAGCGUCACUGCACAGCUAUUUUCAGGUCUCUCCAGAGAUGUUUGAUCAGGUUCAAGUCCGGGCUCUGGCUGGGCCACUCAAGGACAUUCAGAGACUUUUCCUGAAGCCACUCGUGCGUUGUCUUGGCUGUGUGCUUAGGGUCGUUGUCCUGUUGGAAGGUGAACCUUUGCCCCAGUCUGAGGUCCUGAGCGCACUGGAGCAGGUUUUCAUCAAGGAUCUCUCUGUACUUUGCUCUGUUAAUCUUUCCCUCGAUCCUGACUAGUCUCCCAUGCUUCACUGUAGGGAUGGUGCCAGGUUUCCUCCAGACGUGACGCUCGGCAUUCAGGCCAAAGAGUUCAAUCUUGGUUUCAUCAGACCAGAGAAUCUUGUUUCUCAUGGUCUGAGAGUUCUUUAGGUGCCUUUUGGCAAACUCCAAGUAGGCUGUCAUGUGCAUUUUACUGAGGAGUGGCUUCCAUCUGGCCACUACCAUAAAGGCCUGAUUGGUGGAGUGCUGCAGAGAUGGUUGUCCUUCUGGAAAGUUCUCCCAUCUCCACCGAGGAACUCUGGAGCUCUCUCAGAGUGACCAUUGGGUUCUUGGUCACCUCCCUGACCAAGGCCGUUCUCCCACGAUUGCUCUGUUUGGCCGGGCGGCCAGCUCUAGGAAGGGUGUUGGUGGUUCCAAACCUCUUCCAUUUAAGAAUGAUGGAGGCCACUGUGUUCUUGGGGGCCUUCAAUGCUGCAGACAUUUUUUGGUACGCUUCCCCAGAUCUGUGCCUCAUCACAAUCCUGUCUCAGAGCUCUACGGACAAUUCCUUCGACCUCAUGGCUUGGUUUUUGCUCUGACAUGCACUGUCAACUGUGGGACCUUAUAUAAACAGGUGUGUGCUUUGUCAAAUCAUGUCCAAUUAAUUGAAUUUACCACAGGUGGACUCCAAUCAAGUUGUAGAAACAGGAUGCACCUGAGCUCAAUUUCGAGUCUCAUAGCAAAGGGUCUGAAUUCUUAAGUAAAUAAGAUAUAUCAGUUUUUAAUUUUUUAUAAAUUUGCAAACAUUUCUAAAAACCUUUUUUUCGCUUUGUCAUUAUGGGGUAUGUAGAUUGAUGUGGAAAUGUAUUUAAUCAAUUUUAGAAUAAGGCUGUAACGUAACAAAAUGUGGAAAAAGGGAAGGGGUCUGAAUACUUUCCGAAUGCAAUGUAAGUAUAAAUAAGAUGGGACACUAUACUGCACAGUAAAUUCUCCAGUGUUAAAAAUACAUAUAAUAUAUAUAUAUAAUAAUAUAUAAUAAAUAAAUGAUUAACACUGACAAUUAACAUAGAAAAUAUUUGAAUAAGGCUUUACACUAAGGAGUGUGUUAAUUUAACACUUUUCCGUUGUCUAUAUGGGUCCACAGACUCCACACUUUCUGUGUUAAUUAUUUUUAUUAAUUAUAUUUUUAUUUACACAAAAGUCCAUGUUCUAGGCCAUUUGUGUCACGGUUUCUGCCGAGGCUGCUCCUUCUCCCUGUUCGGGCAGGCUUCGGCGGUCGUCGUCCCCGGAGUACUAGCUGCCACCAUUCGUUGUUUCUGUGUUUGUUUGGUUUGGUCUGUUUUGGUACACCUGUUUCUCAUUUUGUCUUGAUUAUGUGUCCUUUAAGUUCUCGUUGUUUCUGUCUUGUGGUUGUGUGUAGUUGUUCCAUGUCAGCAGGUGUUGCCAGUCAGUUUGUGCUCUAUUCUUUAUAGAGAGUCCGCACUGUUGUGCGUUUGUUGUAUUUUUACGUGUGCGUUAUUUUCCUUGUGCCUCCGGCUCUGUUUGUAGCCGUUCAUUCUGUGGACUUUAUUAAAGUGUUUUUGGACUUGCAUCUGCAUCCUGCAUUUGAUUCACACCACACUCGCCCUGAAGAACUACACAAUUCAGAAUCAUCAGAGCAGCAGCGACCGGUCAUGGAGGAGGCGUCGCGCAGGGACGGAUGCCAAUCCCAACGCUCUACAGGGAUAAGAAUAAUCGCCUGAACCAAACCCCUCCUACAGUACACAGCAGUCAGUCCCUAUCCACGCUCCGGAACCGUGGAUUCGCUCUCCUCCCGAGGGCGUAAUGGUAGUGUCAAGGUUUCUCACAAGAGAACUCUACUCGCCACCGUAACCCGUGCCUCGGACACGAGGCGUUUCGCCCUCAUCUCGUCUCACGCAAGGCGUUGGAUGGGCCAACGCCGAAUGGAGGAGAAUAGACCCCGCGAACGAUCACCUAUGCGGGAGUUCUCCCGUCGCUUCAGGGCUGUAUUCGACCAUCCACCUGAGGGGAAGGCGGCGGGAGAACGUCUAUUCUACCUCCGACAGGGGAGGAGGAGCGCCCAGGAGUUUGCACUGGAGUUCCGGACUCUAGCGGCAGACGCAGGGUGGAAUGAGCGGGCCCUCAUAGACCACUUCCGCUGCAGCCUACGGGAGGACGUCCGUCGUGAGUUGGCCUGCAGGGACACCACCCUCACGUUUGACCAGUUGGUAGACAUGGCCAUUCGCCUAGACACCCUGUUGGCCACCCGCGGACGUCCUGAGUGGGGGUCGUCCAUUCCACCCUCCAGCACCUCCGAGCCUAGUCCUAUGGAGCUCGGGGGUGCUGGCGCUAGAGAGGAGAGGAAAAGGAGCCCCAGGGGGACCAACCCCUGUACCUACUGUGGCCGUGGAGGACACACUGCGGCCAGGUGCUGGGGGGGGGUCUCCUAGGGGAAGAGACGGCAGGCCACGCACUGGGGAGUCCUUCCAGGUGAGUAGGCGCCCCACUUACCCAGAGCUCUCUGUUGUGCACCUAACCAUACCUGUUUGCUUCCCACAGGUUGCACCUCGUUCCCAGCAUAAGGCGCUAGUAGAUUCAGGCGCAGCUGGGAAUUUUAUAGAUCAGAGUUUUUGUGCAGAGUUAGGGAUUCCCCUCCUUCCUGUCAGUAAUCCUUUCCCUGUACAUGCUCUAGAUAGCCGUCCGUUGGGAUCGGGGUUGAUUAGGGAGGUCACAGCUAUGGUCACGCAGGAGGGUCAUGAGGAGACUAUUCAGCUAUAUCUUAUAGACUCUCCUGCGUAUCCGGUGGUGCUGGGGCUUCCCUGGUUGAUUACUCAUAAUCCCUCUAUUUCGUGGCAACAGAGGGCUCUUAAGGAGUGGUCUGCCCAGUGUGUAGGGCGAUGUCUGGGCGUUUCCGUAGGGGCGACCUCGGUGGAAAGUCCAAACCAAAUGCCCACAUUGCACAUUCCCCCCGAGUAUGAGGAUUUAGCACUUGUGUUUAGUAAGGCGAAGGCGACGCAAUUGCCACCACAUAGACAGGGGGAUUGUGCGAUAGACCUCCAGGUAGGAGCUGCGCUUCCGCGGAGCCAUGUGUAUCCUUUGUCUCAAGAGGAGAAGGGAGCUAUGGAGACUUACAUAGCUGAGUCUCUGAGACAGGGAUACAUACGGCCCUCCACCUCUCCUGCGUCCUCGAGUUUCUUUUUUGUGAAGAAAAAGGAUGGAGGUUUGCGCCCGUGUAUUGAUUACCGCAGUCUCAAUCAGAUUACUGUGAAAUACAGUUAUCCACUCCCUCUGAUUGCGACUAUGACGGAGUCUUUACACGGGGCGCGGUUCUUCACAAAAUUGGACCUCAGGAGCGCAUACAACUUGGUGCGUAUUAGGGAGGGAGACAAAUGGAAGACAGCAUUUAGUACCACCUCGGGUCAUUACGAGUAUCUCGUCAUGCCAUACGGUUUAAUGAAUGCUCCUUCAGUCUUCCAAUCCUUCGUAGAUGAGAUCUUCCGGGAUAUGCAGGGGCAAGGAGUGGUCGUGUACAUUGACGACAUUCUAGUGUAUUCUUCUACCCGAGCCGAGCAUGUAGCCCUGGUGCGCCGAGUAUUGAGGAGAUUGUUGGAGCAUGAUCUGUAUGUCAAGGCAGAGAAAUGUCUGUUUUUCCAGGAGUCUGUCUCCUUUUUGGGUUAUCAGUUGUCUGCGUCAGGGGUAAAGAUGGAGGUUGACCGUGUGUCGGCCGUGCGUAAUUGGCAAACUCCAACCACUGUUAAAGAGGUGCAGCGGUUCUUGGGCUUUGCGAAUUACUACAGGAGGUUUAUCCUGGGUUUUGGACAGGUGGCAGCUCCCAUAACGUCUCAACUAAAGGGAGGUCCGGUGCGCUUGCAGUGGUCUGCUGAGGCUGAUAGGGCUUUUGGGAGACUGAAGGACCUGUUUACCUCGGCGCCGGUGCUGGCGCAUCCGGAUCCCGCGCUACCAUUCCAGGUUGAGGUAGACGCGUCGGAAGCCGGUAUAGGGGCCGUGCUCUCGCAACGGUCUGUCACGCCACUGAAACUCCGCCCCUGUGCUUUUUACUCAAAAAAGCUCAGUCCGGCGGAGCGAAAUUAUGACGUGGGGGACAGGGAGCUGCUAGCCGUGGUCCAGGCCCUAAAGGUGUGGAGGCAUUGGCUUGAGGGGGCUCAACAUCCUUUCCUCAUUUUGACUGACCACCGAAACCUGGAGUACAUCCGGGCAGCUAGGAGACUGAACCCUCGCCAGGCUAGGUGGAACAUGUUUCUGGCCCGGUUCGUUUUUAAGAUCACGUACAUCCCUGGGUCCCAGAACGGUAAGGCAGAUGCCCUGUCCCGGCGGUAUGACACGGAGGAGAGGUCCGUUGAGCCCACGCCCAUACUCCCGCCGUCUUGCCUAGUGGCACCGGUGGUGUGGGAGGUCGAUUACGAAAUCGAGCGGGCGUUGCAUACCAAUCCUAGCCCUCCACAGUGUCCUGUGGGUCGGAAGUACGUUCCGCUCGAGGUUCGGGAUCGACUUAUAUAUUGGGCUCACACGUCACCCUCCUCUGGACAUCCAGGGAUUGGCCGGACGGUGCACUGCCUUAGCACUAAGUACUGGUGGCCAACGUUAGCCAGGGAUGUGAGGGUUUAUGUUUCCUCCUGCUCGGUGUGUGCCCAGUGUAAGGCACCCAGACACCUGCCCCGGGGUAAGCUACAGCCCCUGCCCGUUCCACAACGACCCUGGUCUCACCUUUCGGUGGAUUUCGUUACCGACCUUCCCCCCUCCCAGGGAAAUACCACCAUCCUGGUCGUUGUGGAUCGGUUCUGGAAGGCCUGUCGUCUCCUUCCCAUGCCGGGUCUCCCCACUGCCCUACAGACCGCUGAGGCACUAUUCACUCACGUCUUCCGGCAUUACGGGGUACCUGAGGAUAUAGUGUCUGAUCGAGGCCCCCAGUUUACCUCUCGAGUCUGGAGAGCGUUCAUGGAGCGCUUGGGGGUCUCGGUGAGCCUUACCUCGGGGUACCACCCGGAGAGCAAUGGGCAGGUUGAACGGGUAAACCAGGAUGUGGGUAGGUUUCUGAGGUCGUAUUGCCAGGGCCAGCCGGAGGAGUGGGCGAGGUAUGUUCCCUGGGCCGAGAUGUCCCAGAACUCCCUUCGCCACUCCUCCACCAGACUCACUCCUUUCCAAUGUGUAUUAGGGUACCAGCCGGCUCUGGCACCCUGGCAUCAGAGCCAGAUCGAGGCCCCUGCGGUGGAUGAGUGGGUGCGGCGCUCGGAGGAGACGUGGAACGCUGCUCACGUACAUCUGCAGCGGGCCAUCCGUCGACACAAGACGAGCGCCGAUCUCCACCGCAGUGAGGGACCGGUGUACGCACCGGGAGAUCGAGUCUGGCUCUCGACCAGAAACCUGCCCCUCCGCCUGCCCUGCCGGAAGCUGGGUCGGCGGUUUGUGGGGCCUUUUAAAGUCCUGAGGAGGUUGAACGAGGUGUGUUACAGAUUACAACUUCCUAUUGAUUAUAAGAAUAUUAAGCCCUCGUUCCAUGUGUCUCUCCUCAGGCCGGUGGUAGCUGGUCCACUCCAUGACUGUGAGAUAGCAGAGACUCCUCCGUCCCCGCUGGACAUUGAGGGGGCUCCGGCGUACACAGUUCGGUCCAUCCUGGAUUCGAGACGCCGGAUGGGAGGUCUCCAAUAUCUCGUGGAGUGGGAGGGGUACGGUCCGGAGGAGCGGUGCUGGGUGCCGAGGAGAGACAUCUUAGACCCGUCCCUUCUGACUGAGUUCCAUCGUGGUCAUCCCACGCGCCCUGCUCCGCAUCCUCCUGGUCGUCCCCGAGGCCGGGGUCGGCGCACGGCUGGAGCCGCGCGUCAAGGAGGGGGGGGGGUACUGUCACGGUUUCUGCCGAGGCUGCUCCUUCUCCUUGUUCGGGCAGGCUUCGGCGGUCGUCGUCCCCGGAGUACUAGCUGCCACCGUUCGUUGUUUCUGUGUUUGUUUGGUUUGGUCUGUUUAUUCUAAUGAUAAAUAAAUGAAUAUAAUUUUAUUCCUCAUGAAGCUGGUUGAGAGAAUGCCAAGAGUGUGCAAAGCUGUCAUCAAGGCAAAGAGUGGCUACUUUGAAGAAUCUCAAGUAUAAAAUAUAUUUUGAUUUGUUUAACACUUUUUUGGUUACUACAUGAUUCCAUAUGUGUUAUUUCAUAGUUUUGAUGUCUUCACUAUUAUUCUACAAUGCAGACAAUAGUAAAAAUAAAUAAAGACCAUUGAAUGAGUACAUGUGUCCAAACAUUUGACUGGUACUGUACAUUGAGUAUAUCAAACAUUAAGAACACCUUCCUAAUAUUGAGUUGCACCUGCCACCCUUUUGCCCUCAGAACAGCUUAAGUUCGUCGGGGCAUGGACUCUACAAGGUGUUGAAAGCGUUCCACAGGGAUGCUGGCCCAUGUUGACGCCAAUGCUUCCCACAGUUUUGUCAAGUUGGCUGGAUGUCCUUUGGGUGAUGGACCAUUCUUGAUAUAAAUCAGGAAACUGUUGAGCAUGAAAGUUUCAGCAGCGUUGCAGUUCUUGAUGCAAACUGUUGCACCUGGCACCUACUACCAUAUCCCGUUCAAAGCCAGACAGUUAAAUAUUUUAUCUUGCCCAUUCACCCUCUGAAUGGCACACAUACACAAUCCUUCUUUAACCUGUCUCCUCCCUUUCAUCUACUGAUUGAAGUGGAUUUAAAAAGUGACAUCAAUAAGGGAUCAUAGCUUUCACCUGGAUUCACCUGGUCAGUCUAUGUCAUGGAAAGAGCAUGUGUGUUUUGUACACUCAGUACAACACGUUUUAUACCUCAAUACUAAAUGGAAAGAUAAGUGCGAUAUAAUUCCCUGGUUUUAUUCUGUGCUUUUCUUUUCCAUUCAUUUGGUAAUGAGGGAUAUACCUGAACCUAUAUAACUGAUGGCAUUGGACAGAUGCAUUUUAAUGGAGGAAUAAUUAAAUUAUGUUUGUUUCAGCAUCGCUGGAAGAACGUUCUGGCCUGACCGUUGCUCAAUGAGUGACAAAACAUUUGAGACCCUGAUGUUCAUCAAAUGCAAUUGCCAUCUUAAAUGAUUAACCAAGAUCUAAAAUUACUGUUAAAGAAUCAUAGGCUAUGACAAUGAUGUAAAGAGUAAUGUAAUGCAUGAAAAAUGUAUGUUAAACAAUAAAACAAAAUCUGUUUGGUUUAUAUUUGUAUUACUUUCCAUUAUUUUGAUUGAUAAAGGUUAAAGUUUAGCAUUUUUCUACCAUUUUUUUCUUCAAUCAUCAAGUAUUUAAUUCUAGGCUAUAUAUUAAGAUUCAUAUCUGAAUGCCCUCGAAACCGUGUACUAAUGAUCAUGUAUUUAGACUAAUUAAACUAACUGUUCUAGUUUUUCGUUCUUCAUCAAAUAUUUGGCAGCCAUCAAAUAUAUAUAGAUUUUUUCAAAUAACUUGCAUAUAUUCAAAUACCUUCAAAUAUUAUUUGUUUUUCUGAGAGGUAUUCAAAAUACUUUCAAAUAUUAUUUGUUUUUCUGAGACCUGUAUUUGAAUAUCAAAGGAAAUAGAUGCCAAAAGUGGCCUUUAGUUGAUUCUCUAUAUUCGACUACCUUGAGUAUUUGAAAAGUUGGUAUUUUCAAAUAAACUACAAAAUACAACAAUUUUCUGCCCAGGUCUAGCUGUGAGUAGAAGAUCUGUUUAGGAAGCCUUGAGUCGCUCAUCCUCAUGAGGUGACCUGCCCAUCGGAGUUGGUCUUAUUAUGAUGGCUUCUAUACUGGAGGAGUUUGUUCACUACAGGUCACUGAUGUUGGUUUGUCUGUCUUCCCAGCUGAUAUUAAGUAUUUUCCUGAGGCAGCGUUGGUGGAAUCUUUCAAGGGGUUUCAUGUGUUUUCAAAAUGCGGUCCAGGUAUCCGCACCGUAUAGCAGGGUAGGGAUGAUCACAGCGUUGUACACGUCCACUUUGUUCCUGGUGGUAGUGUUGCGAUCCUCGAAGACCCUGUUUCUGAGUUUGCCGAAGGCAGCACUUGUUCAAGCAAUCCGAUGUUGGAUUUCAUCAUCAAUUAGGAUAUUGGUGGAGAGGUGGCUACCUAGGUAUGAGAAACUGGGAAUGUUUUCAAGUAGAGAUCAGCUUCUGAACACACACAAACACACACACACUGCUCAUCCCCAGUGUCAGAGUAUUUGAUGUGCAGCAGGACUCUCAAGAAACUGAAAACUCAGGAAGCUUGUAUGUGUGUAUUUAUCUUGGGAGGAAGCUUAUAUAUCUCUUCUCAGGAUCUAAGAACCCACAAAUACAACAGUAUUACAUAAUGUCUGAAGUUAAGAAAGAAACAUUAAAUAGUUACUAACUAAUGACACUAAUGGACAAGCAGUUUGUCUCUUGAGGCCAUUACAACAGAACAGCUUUCUGUCUCUCUCGGCAGAUAGCCUAGCGUUUAGUGUUGGGCCAGUGACCGAAAGGUUGCUAGUUUGAAUCCCCUAGCCGACAAAAUGGAAAAUCUGUUGAUGUGCCCUUGAGCAAGGCAUUUCACAUGUGUGAAAUAGGAAAAAUAUAUGCAUCCACCAAAUUAUUAUGAUUAUUUCACUCUCUUUUUCUUUGUGUCUCUUUCACUAUCUCCUUCUCUGUCUCUUUUUCAAUAUCUCCCUCUGCCCCCUUUUAGAGGUACUAUAUGUGUAACAACAACUCUCUUUACAUCUCUCUCCCUCCAUCUCUCCAGUCAGAGGUAUUGUAUGUGUAAUCCCGAGGUGGUGCAGCAGUUCCAUAACCCAGACACCAUAUUCAUCCUGGCCUUUGCUGUGGUCCUCCUCAACACUGACAUGUAUUCCCCUAACAUCAAACCUCAACGCAAGAUGGGCCUCGACGACUUCAUACGCAACCUACGAGGUGACUGGCUGUCUUUGUAUAUGUGUGUCUGUGUUUGUCUGUCUGUGUGUUGUUUGUGUGUGUCUACAAACGGUACCUAGCUUGUUAAACGGUACCUAGCUUGUUAAACGGUACCUAGCUUGUUAAAUGGUACCUAGCUUGUUAAACGGUACCUAGCUUGUUAGAGUGGUUGUGUCUUUGUUUUUGCUCCCUUUGGUGUGAUUUUCUUUUGAGCCUACAGAUAGAAGAAAGAAUCAAAAUAAUCCAAAGACCACGGUGGUAAAUUAUGGACAGUGUGUGCCUGUGUGUGUGUGACUCAGUAUAAUGAGCUGCAGAAGCCUUGCAACAUUUAUGACAGCGUUUCUGAGCCUGGUGUUAGAUAUGAUAUGUUGAGUAAAAUGUUGUGCUAAGAUCUAUUUAGGUCAGGAGCUGGUUAUAAGUUCUGUUCCUAUCCAAUAACAAUGGACAAAAGGGUCCUAUCUUGUCAGCCUUGUCAGUUUCAGUUCUCCAGUAAACUUGUGAUUAUCAACACUAACCUCAUCGUUGUGGCGGCGGACAGCUAGCCUGUAUCCCUCAUCCAGUUGAGUGGGAAUGUUCACUCUCCCCAAAGCAGACAAUCUCAAACAGCUAUCCAUGUGGGUCUUUGACAGCUCAUGUUUCUUAAUCUUUCCUGAAAGAUGGUGCAUGUCCGUUACACACCAGUCGCUGUCCAAGCGGUGCUGUCUGCCGUGCCGCCUUCAGGGUGAAAGAGUAAGCAGGGGUAGCAGAAGACUGCAUUAGCUACAUCGCAGCCUGCUAGCCAGGUUUUUCGUUCGUACCAAUUUUUUGAAAAUCCUCGGGUGUAGGACUUCCCCCCUUUAGUAGAAACCUGUUGAAUUAUUAAAUUUGGUCUGGGAGGUCCUAAUUGUUUCGUUGCCAAUUUAUCUUCAUUUGUUCGCCGACAAAAAGGAACUUCUUUCAAAGACACAAUCGAGUUGCACUGAAGCCUAGCCAUUUUGACAGUAAUAGUGAAUUGAUUGACGCUGCUACCCGCUCUUUUCUUAGUUACGUUCAUGGUUACGUUACGUAUGACGAAAGCGCGUAAGUGCAAGCCCUCAGAAACCCAUAGAGAUUGUAUUGAAAGCUCUGAUAUUUGAAAAAAAUAGAUUUUACAUGGGAGUCUAUGACAGACUUCUGGGCGAUUUUCAACCUGACUGAAAUCGCCCCAAAAGGGGGGGGGGCCAUUUGAAGCACGACUUUAGCCUGAUUGGACAUUUAGUGGCACUGUGGCAGAUCAGACGUCUAGAUUACAACACUGAUAACUACUGUUGCCGUGAUAUAAUUGAUUAGAAAAAAAAUCCCUUCCUUUUCCCGUUUGGCAGUGCGUCGCCCAUAUCGCCCUAUUGAAACACACCGCCCCUGGACUAGAGACACUGGAGCAGUUAUUUAUAGAACAGGCACACAAACACGCAGAGGCGCACAGACAAUGCUUGGUACACUGAGUGAACCAAACAUUAGGAACACCUUCCUAAUAUUGAGUUGCACCCCCUUUUGCCCUCAGAACAGCCUCUAUUCGUUUGGGGAUGGACUCUACAAGGUGUCGAAAACGUUCCACAGGGAUGCUGGCCCAUAUUGACUCCAAUGCUUCCCACAGUUGUGUCAAGUUGGCUGGAUGUCCUUUGGGUGGUGGACCAUUCUUGAUACACAUGGGAAACUGUGGAUCGUGAAAAACCCAGCAGUGUUGCAGUUCUUGACACAAACCGGUGCGCCUGGCACUUACUACCAUACCCUGUUCAAAGGCACUUAAAUAUUUUGUCUUGCCCAUUCACCCUCUGAAUGGCACACAUACACAAUCCAUGUCUCAAGGCUUAAAAAUCCUGUCUCCUCCCCUUCAUCUACACUGAUUGAUGUGGAUUUAAAAAGUGACAUCAAUAAGGGAUCAUAGCUUUCACCUGGAUUCACCUGGUCAGUCAAUGUCAUGUUUUGUAUACUCAGUGUAUAUUUUAAUACAACACAGGACCUAUUUCAUAUGGAAUGAGUGACAGCUGGUUGAAGGAGACAGGUUGAAUUGUGGGGGAUCAGGGAUGGUGAGUCUGAUGGUCUGGGGGUAGAUGCUAUUGGCCAGUCUGUUAGUUUUUAGCCAUGAUGCUCCUGUACUGCCCGCGUCUGAGUGAUGGAAGCAGGGAGAACAGGCCGUGGCUCGAAUGGCUGAGGUCCCUGAUGAUCCUGACAUCAGCCACUCCUGCCCUGUCCUGCAACAAGUCUGAACCAGGGAUGGAGUCAAUUCAGUUUGCAAUUCAUUUUCUGAAUUCCCUCUCUAGUUCCUCCUGUGUGACUGGUAGUGUGUGUCCCUGUUCCCUCAGGAGUGGACGACGGAGCAGACAUCCCCAGCGAGAUGGUGGCAGGGAUCUAUGAGAGGACCCAGCAGAGAGAGCUACGCUCCAAUGAAGACCACGUCACCUACGUCAGCCGUGUGGAACAGUCCAUACUGGGGAUGAAGACUGUGAGUGUGUUGUGUGACUAAGAGAAAGGUAGAAUGAGAGAGGGGAGUCUGUGUGUGUGUGUGUUAACCCCAUGGUGUGUGUGUGUGUGUGUGUAUGUGUGUGUUCUUCUGUAGAUCCUGUCUGUGCCCCACCGUAGACUGGUCUGUUGCUGUCGUUUGUUCGAGGUGGCAGACUUCAACAAACCUCUGAAACAGAAACUGGCCAACACCCAGAGAGAGGUGUUCCUCUUCAAUGACCUCUUACUGGUGAGAACACACACACGCGCACGCAUGGACUCAUGCCCACAUACACCCACACGUUAAGGCAUGAGUAGUGUUUAUUUGUGUACUCACAGUGUGUGUGUGUGUUUGUACUCACUGUAUGGCUUAUGUCCAUUCUGUUAUCUCCUCACACAGAUCCUGAAGCUGUGUCCAAAGAAGAAGACUUCUGCCUCCUACACCUUCUGUAAAGCCAUGGGUCUACUGGGCAUGCAGUUUCACCUCUUCAGCAAUGAAUGUAACUACUCUACUACUACUACUCCUACUCCUACUCCUACUAUUACUAUUACUACUACAACUCUAUUACUACUUUUCUACUACUACUACUACUACUACGACUACUACUACGACUACGACUACGACUCUAUUACUAUAAUAAUAAUAUGCCAUUUAGCAGACGCUUUUAUCCAAAGCGACUUACAGUCAUGUGUGCAUACAUUUUUACGUAUGGGUGGUCCCGGGGAUCGAACCCACUACCCUGGCGUUACAAGCGCCAUGCUCUACCAAUUGAGCUACAGAGGACUACUACUACUACUACUACUACUACUACUACUACUACUACUACUACUACUACUACUACUACUACUACUACUACUACUACUACUACUACUACUACUACUACUACUACUACUACUACUACUACUACUACUACUACUACUACUACUACUACUACGACUCUAUUACUACUACUACUACUACUACUACUCUAUUACUAUAAUAAUAAUAAUAUGCCAUUUAGCAGACGCUUUUAUCCAAAGUGACUUACAGUCAUGUGUGCAUACAUUUUUACGUAUGGGUGGUCCAGGGGAUCGAACCCACUACCCUGGCAUUACAAGCGCCAUGCUCUACCAAUUGAGCUACAGAGGACUACUACUACUACUACUACUACUACUACUACUACUACUACUACUACUACUACGACUCUAUUACUACUACUACUACUACUACUACUACUACUACUACUACUACUACUACUACUACUACUACUACUACUACUACUACUACUACUACUACUACUACUACUACUACUAUACUAUUACACUGUACUGCUCCAUACAUAGCUAACUAUGAGCAAUGACAUUGUCUGUCCAUAGUCCUACUAUGCCCAUGGCAUCACCAUUCUAGUUACAUAGCUAACUGUGUGUGUGUGUGUGUGUGUGUGUGUGUGUGUGUGUGUGUGUGUGUGUGUGUCCAGACUAUGCUCAUGGCAUCACCAUGUUGAGUCCGUUCUCUUCAGAGAAGAAGCAGCUGGUGAGUUUCUGCUCCCCCAGCGGUGAGGAGCUCAGGAAUUUCACAGAGGAGCUACGUGAGUCCAUCACUGAGGUCAACGAGAUGGAACAGAUACACAUCCAAUGUGAGCACAAACACAUACGCACGCACGCACGCACACACACAUGCACACGCACACACACAUGCACACACGCAUGCUCUUUAUGCUCUUUAUGUAAUGAUAUGGUCAUAUCUCGUUCUCUGUAGGGGAGCUGGAAAGAGAACAGGGUGUGCAGACUCACACCCCCCACACCAAUGGAGGACAGAUGGACACACUCAGUCGACACACAGGAUCGCCCACCGGUAACAAACACUAAGUUAGCGACUAGCACCCACACAUCAUGCUGUGUCUCUGAGUGUCACUUGUGUGUUUCUCCCCUCAGCCCAGCAAGAUCUGUAUUGCAAGACUGGCAACAAUACUGUGGAGGUGAGUCACAUACACACUAUGCCUCAGGUAAGUGUGUCUGUGUUUGUUAGCAAAGAUGCACACAGGCGAGGAGUAGGGAGACCCUCCUCAGCUCCCUCCAGCUCUUUGUGCCUCAGAGCAACACAGCUGCAACUGGAGGGCUAGCUUUAGCCAUCGGCCUUCUGCUAACGGGGACCAGUAAUUAGCUAUUAGCCACCUGCCAAUGCAGGGUUAGCUAUGAGCUAUUAGCCUCGUGCUAGUAGGGGUAUUCGCCUCCUGCUAACACAACAUCUGCUUCCCAGCCAUCAUAAGCUUUUCUAAGCCCUGCUGGCUUGCUAGAAAACCAUCUCCAUGGCCAGACUCAGGGUUGAUGUACGUGUGUAUCUGUGAAUGCAUGCACGUGUAUGACUCAAGCCCAGUUCCUCUGCUCUAAAUGCCCUCUCGACAGACCUAUCAGCCCCCCCCACCAACCCCUAACUCUUAGUCCUUUAGAGUUGCAUAUAUCUGUGUUGGGGAGACACCCCGCCCUAGGUGUCAUCUCCCCCCACACACUCUACCCUCUCCACACACACUCCCCCUCCUCCACACGCAAACACACCCACCCACUGGAGCCCAAAUUUUGACCCUGAAACGUCCUUCCACCCAAACACAGGUGUGUCUCUGGGCUGGUGUGUGUGUGUAUGUUUGGCGUGCGUGUUAGCAUGCGCUCGCUGCCUGCAUGCCUGCAUGCUGCCAGUGUGUCUAACCCACCAGAGGGCUGCUGUAGGCUGCGUUCAGGAUGGUAACUCCUCAUGCCAUUCUCUGGCUGUUUCUAAACUAGGUGUCAAUUCACAAUAGGCUGCUGCAGACCUACCACAUGACCCAGCCCAGCCCUGAUAGGCUGCUCCAGACCUACCAUGUGACCAGUCCUGACUCCACCCAACUGGCUCUGGCAGCCCCCCCGGCCAUGCUAAGUGCCACCCACCCCGGAGAGCUCCGCCCAGACACCCUCAUUCAAUGCCAGCAGAUCGUCAAGGUGAUUGUCAUGGACCAGAGCGGCCUGGGGCGAAUGGAAGCUUUCCUCAACCAAGGAAGCCCCGCCUCCCACCACCGCCUCAUCCAAUCAGCGAUGUCCACGCCAGUACGGGUCAGAGAGGGAUCUGAGCCACCUCUGCCUCCCCCUCCUCCCCCCUACAACCACCCCCACCAAUACUGUCCCCCCGACUCCCCCUGCCCCCUCUCACACACCCUGCCUCAACCCCUCCGCAGACGCAACUCUAGUGGCUCCCGCAGCCUCGUCUGA